AUGCCAAUUAGCAAUAAUAAAUCACAGGGAAAAAAAUUGUCAUUCAAUUUGUGCGGAAAAUCAGCGACAGUAACUUCGUCGACAAUAAAUGGUGAAGAAGGUGAUCAGGAUGACACUAAAUUUUUCACGAUAGCUCCAGCGCUUCCAGUGCUUCCUGGUGCUCCUGCACCCAGUAAAUUAACCACCAAGCGGUCCUAUGGUACUUUGACACCAACUAGCUCAACUUACGGAUUCGAUGAUGCAGAAGUCGGAGGCUGUGAUGUCGUGGCUCUUCAACAGCAGCAAUCCACCAGUGACAGUGGGUAUAAAACCACCACCGUGGUAGCAUCAAGAACUCCCGCAGAACGCGAUAAAAAUCCUGACAGAAUUUGUCUGGACCGACGAGGCCUCACCAGUUUUCCUGACAUUGUCGGUGAGCCGAAAUUGAGGCUGAUGUCUCUGCAGCACAACCUAUUGUCGAGAAUAGAGGGCCAGAAUUUUUCACAGCUGACAAAGCUGGUCUUCCUGGACCUAUAUGACAACCAGAUCGAGAAGAUCUACGAUCUGGCCCCGUUGGAGAACUUGAGGGUGCUUCUAAUUGGUAAGAACCGGGUCAAGAAAAUUGAGGGGUUGAGGUCGCUGAUUAAACUCGAGGUGCUUGACCUUCACGGGAACCAGAUUGUCCAGAUCACUGGCUUGGAGAACUUGUCCUCGUUGAAGGUGUUGAAUUUGGCGGGAAACAAUGUCAAGGUCAUUGGGUUCAAUGAUUUUCAUGGACUGCUCGCGCUUAAAGAGCUCAAUUUGAAGAGGAAUAAGAUUAAGAAGCUCUUGGGGUUUAGUGAGACUCCUCAGUUGCAGAAAUUAAUCGAAGACAUGGGCAGCCUAGCAAAAGCCCUAGAAAUCAGAGAAAUAACAAUCGACGGCAACCCAGUAACCUUGAACGCAGACUGUAUAUCCUUCCUGGUCUCGUACUUACCAAACCUGCAGGCUCUCUCAACAAUGCAGAUCAACGAACAAGUCCGUCGCGCAGCGAUGGCCUGGCGACUCACCAAAGAGCAGUCAAACUCCGCGUUCCUGGACCUGAGCACCCAGGUCUGCGUGAACGUCCGCCGCGAGGAAGUGAUAAUAAACGCGAAAAAAAACUGGGACCUUCUGCGGUCCCAGACCAAGUGCUUAACAUCCAGCGCGAACAAGCACAGCAACAUCAAGAAUGAGCGUGUCCGUGGACUGAAUCUGCAGAACAGCACCAAGUUCGACGCAGUGAAGAUCAAGGCCGAGGAAGCUUCUAACCUGGGACACGCUCAGAAGCCGAGCUUCGGAAGCUUGUCUUCCAUUAACUACGACAAGAUUGACGCCAAGAAGAUCCAGUUUAAGAGAAGGAGCAACUCUACUGAUACUCUCAAUGGCGGAAAAGGUUCAAAUGAAACCGAAACAACAGACAGCGAGCUGGAGAGUUCGGAGAGUCACGAGAGCUUGAAAAGCGCGUUGAGGAACCAUUUGAUAAAGACUAAUCUCAAUUUAGGGAGUCAAAAGUCUGAAGAAUCCAAGAACAUCUACAGCUUCGGUGAUGAAGAAAUAAAAAAAAAAGAGAGAAGAAAUGAAUUUUCCUUGCAACUGGCGACAGAUUCCCGGAGUUUCUACAAUCUGGUGCAAGGGAGCACCAGGAGGCAGCUCAGCUACCGGCAGAUUAAUCUAGCGGGGAUAAAAAAGGCCAACAGUUUGGACAGCAGGGAGGAAUUUAGCAGCCAGAGUUCGACAGCUAGCAAAGAAUUGGACUCGGAUGAUGAAAAAGGAAGGGUUAGAAGCGCUCAGGUGAAGAAGAUUGUCAGCUACAAGAGCAACCGAGCAGCCACUGCUAGGGUCAAGCACAGGGCAGUGGCUACACCUGUUGUUCCUGUUCAGUUCAACGCGCCUAAAGAGAAAGAACAAGGUGGCGACUACUUGGUGGAAAUUGUUGGAAGGUGUCUUAAUGUCUACGGACAAGGUGCUUUAAGGUACAUAGACCGGUCUUGGGACUCGGUGAAGGCCAAUGAUGUUAACACGGUCAAGUUUAACUAUGUUCAGUUCAACGGCGUCGCGACUGUUUUGAACAAAUUGAAAAUGAGGUUCUCCAAUGCGCAGCAUUUUAUUUUCAAGGAGACUAAUAUUAGUCAUCUAGGGCAGCUAAAUGCGCUGGCUGAAGUUCAAGGGCUCACGAGUAUUCAGAUAGAAGCUGAGGGCAAUCCGAUUAUUUCAAAGAACUGGAGGGUCUAUGCUGUUUUUAGGCUGUCCCACUGGGGCCUCAGAAUCAUCAAUGGUAAAGAGGAUGAUUUAAUAUUGAGACAUAAAGUUAUAAUAGUGUAA